ACAUUAAGAAACCAUUUGGUCAGAAAGAACCCCCACUAACUGAUCAAAUUGUAAAUAUAUUGGGUCGUUACCCUGAUGGAGGGCAAAUUUUGAAGGUAAUUUGACAAACAGUACUAACCAUGAAGCAAUAAUAUUUGUAAUAUAAUAAACACUGAGAGAAGCAGAGGCGUUGGAACCGGAGGCACAGGGGCACGUGCCACCACCCCCUUUUUGGAAAGGACCAAAAGUGCCCUCUUUUGCAAUAUAUGAAAAGUGCCCUUUUUGUACAAGCUAAUGUCACUGUAAAUACUAUAUUAUUUAAUAUUUAUAUUAUUUAUUAUAUUAUUUAUUAUAUUAUUUUAAAAACGUGAUGUGGUCAAAAACGUUCAUUGUACGUUGCAAUUCGGUAUGGUAUGAGUGGAUAAUUUCCGCACUUUUCAUUAUCCAAAAGUGCCCCUCCCUCAUCUUAUGAUGCUUCCUACGCCCCUGGACAGACGUCUGACUUCUUGCUGGUGCCUAUGAUUUUGGCCAAUAACUGUUGCUGCAAUGCAGUUGCAUGUUCUUACUAGCCAAUGCGCUUAUGGGAGGCAUUCACCUUCCUGAAAAUAUUCAAAAUAGUGGAUAUUAGGGUAUGAAUGCCUCUCGUAAGUGCACUGGCUAGCAACAUGAAGUGGUGCAGUCACACUGAGCUAUAUUAUAUAGCUUAAGAUCUACGACGUCAGCUAGGACGUCAGGGCUAAGCAGAGGACUGGGACUAGGACGUCUUAAAUAACUAAACUUCCACUUAAGAUUCAUGACGUGGACAUUUAAACUAUAAAUAUUUACAUCCUUUUGAAAAUGAAUUUAAAAAGAGACGUGUGAAUCAUUACCGUUUGUUAUACUCCUGUAUCCGGUAAAAUUCUUGUUGUGAGGUUAAUUGUCGACGUUUGGUGGACGACGAGCAAAUUGAGAGACACAUGCACACUUCAAAAACUAUUACCAAUUCCGCUUGCGACCCUAAAUAUUUGACGUCGUAGAUACUUGAGCUAUAGACUUAUUUAGGACAACGUCCUGGUCCCAGUCCUCUGCUUAGCCCUGACGUCCUAGCUGACGUCGACGUCGUAGAUCUUAAGCCAUCUAAUAUCACUGGAAGAAGUGCUUGGCAUGAAAGAGUGAAUCCAAAAACAUGGUCGAUUUUUAUGCCAUUUCCAUGGCAACAGGUUUCUUUUGCCCAUGGUUUUAAUACCACUGACCAGGCUCAUUUCUGAGCUUACUCCAGUUUCCACAUGCCUCUGAUUUUGCAAACAUAUUCCUAGCUUUUUGGAGUUGUAGCAGCUCUGUCAUUGUUUUUCAUAUUUUCACAUAUUUUUCGACCUGCGACCAUGAUUCAUGAAACCCAAGAAAUGGGUUUAAUUAAAACAAGACAGGAAAAGAGUUGAAUCUACAAUAUGUCAAUGGAUUGCAGUAUAUAGCAUCAGUUCUUUGACAUUUUAUAUCCACGUGUUUUAUGGCAAGUUGGCAACGAGUAAGUAUUUUAUUUACAAAAAAUGUUCGUGAAUCUUAUACCGGCGAGAAGAAAUAGUAGAAAGUUUUAGCAGCGACGACAAAUACGAAUUCCUUUUGAACUUCCUCGACUUGGUAAAACAGGCAAAAUGGAUAUUAUCUAUGAAGAUUUUCUGCUCAAAAACCUCGUCACACAAUCUAUCGUAGUGUAUGCCCGUUCGCAGGUGGCUUUGUAGUUGGCUGCAUGGCCUGAACCUAGCUAAUCUGCAAACGGGAAUACUCUGGGAACGAGAUUGUCUUGUAGCCCCCACCCGAAAAUUUGAAGCGGAAACCAAAUUUCUGGUUUCCUUAGAACGAAAUUUCGGUCUGGGAGCAGACUAGUACCACCAUGGAUUGUAAAAUAACAAAAGUUGUUAUUGUUAUUUUACAUGCAGUUGUUGUUAUUUUACAAUCCUCCAUGGUCCACUGAGUUGUAUAAUAAAAAUAACUAUUAGAAAUAACUUUCUAAUAGUCUCGCAGGAAAAUUGAAAUCCUGAUUUUUCUAACGUCAUAUACUAAAAAUUCACUAAAAAUAACUGUAUUUCUCUCGUGUUUCCUUCGAUGGAAACAUUUUAAACUUUGUACACUGUACAUCAUUCAUACAAUGCAUAAUGGCCUUAAAGCACAGUAUUCAGUAAUGUGCGGCUAUAACGUUAAAACUGUAGGGAGCCACCUUAAAUUUGUCCAGUUUCGUGAGUCCCACAGUAGAAUGGGAAUUGAGCACAAUCCUGAAUCUCUUUUAAUAUUUCCAUGUGAAUAGGGUCUCAGCUUAUUUUUCACUGCAAUCAAUAUAUUAUAUUUUUGACUUUGGUCUAAAGGAAUUAAUUCAGAAUGCUGAUGAUGCAGGAGCCAGAGAAGUGAAGUUUCUCUACGAUGGUCGAUCAUUUGGCAAGACGUAUCUCGCUACUGAACACUUGCAGAAGUAUCAAGGACCUGCGCUCUACGCAUUUAAUGAUGCCAUAUUUGAACCUGAAGAUUGGGAAGGAAUCCAGAAUCUAAUGCGAAGUAAUAAGAAAUCUGACAUACUCAAAGUUGGAAGAUUUGGUAUUGGCUUUAAUUCAGUCUAUCACAUCACAG